AUGGCUCUCCUGGACUACACUAGCAGUAGCCUAGCUUAUGCUAUCUCUCUCAUUACUUCCUCGGUUCUCAUUUACGCGAGUUACCUCAUACUCCUGCAUCCCCUACGCAAAUUCCCCGGGCCACCGCUUGCCAGGGUCACCGAUUGGUUCGCUGGCGUCCACGCCUUCAAGAAGGACCUGCACCUGGAAAUCCUGAGAACCCACGACAAAUACGGUGAUCACCAGCCCUACAGCCUAGGUGAGUCUUCCAUUGCAGUGCAAGAAGUUGGCUCCAUUCACAUAUCCUCCCCCACGUGCAUGCAACAGAAGCUGAGUUCUGCAGAAAUCUACCAGAACGGUCGAGUCUCCAAGUCGCAUACCUACGGGUCUGCCGUUCGGAACAAUGUAGAUAAUGUCUUUACCGCCCGCGAUAAAAGGGUGCAUCAAGCCAAGAGGAAGAUGAUCUCUCCAGCUCUGACGGAGCGAGCUGUCAAGUCUUUCGAGCCAUCCCUGACCGAGCAUAUUACCGUGUACCUGAAGCAAAUUCUCAAUGCCUCGCAAGCUUCCAAGCCAGUCAACAUGUCAGAGCGAGCCAGGUACCUUGCUCUGGACAUUGUGACUCAGCUCAGCUUCGGCUACGCCCUUCAAGCCCAGACGAGCGACGAGAAUCACUUUGUAUCGAACGCCUUGGCUUUUGGACUCUGGCGGGGGAACGUCUGGCACCAUCUCUUCUUCCUCUCAAAGUUCUGGGUCUAUAGCAUAUGGGACCGGGUCUUCUUUGAGUCUCGGGAGAAAUACUCCCAGCUGUUGGAUAGGAUGAUACGAUCUCGUAUGGCCCGGGGCACGAACGGCGAACGCGACUUCUAUUCCUUUAUAUCCGAGCUCGAUCCGGACCCAGACAAUGUGCGAAAGGGAGGGCUUUGGUGGGAGGCCCAUUUCCUUGUCGUUGCAGGGUCAGACACCACGGCGACGACGAUAGCCGCCACUCUCUUCUAUCUGUCUCGGAACCCUCGAUGCUACCAACAGCUGGCCAACGAGAUCCGUUCCACCUUCACAUGCACGCAGGACAUCAAAGGCGGGCCUCAGUUGGCGAGUUGCCACUACCUUCGUGCAUGCAUUGACGAAGCCCUGCGUUUGUCGCCCCCAGUCCCAGGGACACUAUGGAGAACACAAGACCCGGACGACGACCAGCCUCUGGUUAUCGACGGGCAUGUCAUACCGAAAGGCACCAUCUUCGGUGUCAGCUCAUAUGCGAUCCAUCACAAUGAGGCAUAUUUCCCUAACUCCUUCGCUUUCAAGCCGGAGCGGUGGCUCGAGGGGCAUACUGCGGGGGGCAAGCACACGUCUGAUGCCUUUGCGGCCUUUUCAGUCGGUGCUCGUUCCUGUGCAGGGAAGCCCAUGGCCUACCUAGAACUCAGCCUCGUCAUUGCAAGAAUGUUAUGGUACUUUGACUUUGAGCCAGCUUCCGGCUCACUAGGUGAAGUUGGGGGCGGCAUGGCGGGUGGCCCCACGGGUAGGGAGAGGCUGGGCGAAUUCCAGCUGGAGGACAUCUUCACCGCGCGACACGACGGUCCCUACCUCGCCUUCCAUCCCCGAGGAGAACUGUGGAAAGAACUGGAGUCGCCGUCCUGA